GAACACAGGCUGAUAUACAAGGCUACAGACAGGUGGACAGCAGUGCAACCAGAACCAUGGAGCUCAGCGUCCUCCUGUUCCUUGCUCUGUUCACAGGCCUCUUACUUCUCCUGUUCAGGGGCCACCCACAGGCCCAUGGCCACCUCCCGCCAGGCCCACGUCCUCUUCCCUUCCUGGGGAACCUUCUGCAGAUGGACAGAAAAGGGCUGCUCAAGUCUUUCCUGAAGUUCCGAGAGAAAUAUGGAGAUGUGUUCACCGUGUACCUGGGGCCAAGGCCUGUAGUCAUGCUGUGUGGGACAGAGGCCAUACGGGAGGCCCUGGUGGACCAAGCUGAGGCUUUCUCAGGCCGAGGGACAAUUGCUACUGUGGAGCCUGUCUUCCAGGGAUAUGGGGUGGUCUUUGCCAAUGGGGAACGCUGGAAGGCCCUUCGGAGAUUCUCUUUGGCCACCCUGAGGGACUUUGGGAUGGGAAAGCGGAGCGUGGAGGAGCAGAUUCAGGAGGAGGCUCAGUGUAUGGUGGAGGAGCUGCGGAAAUCCCAGGGAGGCCUGGUGGACCCCAUAUUCCUCUUUCAUUCUGUCACUGCCAACAUCAUCUGCUCCAUCGUCUUUGGAAAACGCUUUGACUACAAAGAUCCCCAGUUCCUUCGGAUGCUGGACCUGUUCUAUAAGUCCUUUAAUCUCAUCAGCUCCUUUUCCAGCCAGGUGUUUGAACUCUUCUCCAACAUCCUGAAACACUUUCCUGGCACACACAGGGAAAUCUACAGAAACAUGCAGGAAAUCAAUGCCUUCAUUGGCCACAGUGUGGAGAAACACCGUGAAACACUUGAUCCCAGCUCCCCCAGAGACUUCAUUGAUACCUUCCUGCUCCGCAUGGACAAAGACAAGUCUGACCAGAACACUGAGUUCCACCACAAGAACCUCAUCAUGACCUCGCUCUCGCUCUUCUUUGCUGGCACGGAGACCACCAGUACAACUCUCCGCUAUGGCUUCCUGUUUCUACUCAAGUACCCCCAUAUUGCAGAGAGAGUCCAAAAGGAAAUUGAACAGGUGAUUGGUUCACACCGCCAGCCAGCCUUGGAGGACAGAACCAAAAUGCCAUACACUGAGGCAGUCAUCUGUGAGAUUCAGAGAUUUGCGGACCUCCUCCCUAUUGGCAUUCCGCACGUGGUCAUGAAAGACACUCCCUUCCGAGGGUUCAUCCUACCCAAGAACACAGAAAUAUACCCAAUUCUAUCCACUGCUCUCCAUGAUUCACAUCACUUUGAAAAACCAGAUACCUUUAACCCGGAUCACUUUCUGGAUGCUAAGGGGGCACUGAAGAAGAGUCCAGCUUUUAUUCCCUUCUCCAUGGGGAAGCGCAUUUGUCUUGGAGAAAGCAUUGCCCGCACCGAGUUGUUCCUCUUCUUCACCACCAUCCUCCAGAACUUCUCCAUCACCAGCCCAGUGGCUCCUGAGGACAUUGACUUCACACCCAAGGAGGUUGGUAUUGGCAGAGUUCCCCCAGUAUACCAGAUUCACUUCCUGCCCCGCACAAUGGACUCAGGGCAGAAGAAUAAAGGACUGCAGGGUCAUUAAGUGCCGGAUCUCUGCAAAGAACGGCCCCUCACUUCCUCCAUCUGAGAAACCUAUUGUUUCCCCUCCCUGGUGGCUACUCCAUGCAGUUAUCCUAGUGGGCUUCUUCCACAAGCUGCAGUUCUUCCAAGGCUCUGUGCUGUAUUCCUUUCUUGUGCAAAUAGAGGUGCAAAGGUUAGAACUGGAUCAACAAUUACCAAGCCUUUUAUGGUGAAUAGAAAAAAGUUAGGGGUCAAAAGGGACAAAUUGGCUCUGGGCCAUCUGAAGUUCUGCCUCCCUGUAUGCAGCUCAGGCUGAGUGACUUUUUCCUUGCCAGAACAAUCACAGUCUGAUUUGUCACCCCCUUGUGCUCUGCACUCUGUGCUAAAGAGUUCUAAGUGGCAAUUCCCCUCUCUGUGGCCCAGGGGGUGGGUGCAGGGAUCGGGCCCAUUUUAUAGAUGAAGAACAGAGGUCAGGUGAUAGCACCAUCUGCCUGAAGUCACAAUCCCAGGGAGUGGAGGGGCACACGUGUUCUCCUCUCUAAAGCUCAAACUCUUCACUAUAGCAGAAUUGAAUGAAG